CUCGGGCCGGCCGUGUCGAUUCUCGUCCGCCCCAGUGGUUUAGAUCAUGGAGACGGCCCCCAACUCUACGGAGAGCACCACCGGGCUGCCCCUUGGGCUGCCAGACGACGUAUUCAACCAAGUCCUGGAGUAUCUCGACGGACAUGCAUUGCUCCGCGCCUGUCGCGUCGAGCGCACGUGGGCGAAAAGCACCGAGGGCUGCUCGGCCGCCUGGCGCGGCGCGGCCGGGGCCGAAGACACAAACGAGUGGAACCCCGCUCGUUACCUGGUGUGGCGGGCACGGACCGCAGGCAUCGUCGUCGUGGAGCUGGGUGCCACGGGGGAUCGCGUCGGCCUCGCGUGGGCGCGAGCGCCGGCGCGCCUGCCAGUUCCGACGGCUAUCGCGGCGGAUCGAGCGAAACGAUUCGAAAAUCUCAAGUCCGAGACGCCGGCGGCGCGGCGCCCGCGCGAAGACGCGGCGGCCGUCGUGCGGCGAGUCGCGGACGCCGUUGCCGCGGUGGGCCUCGGAUCAAUCGAGGGGCUUUCGCUCUGCGUUGUGUCCCCCCAUCUCGCCAGCGAAUCGUCGCGCACGCGGUCCCUAAAUGCUCUCCUGAGCGCGGGCGCCCGGCGGGCGCGGAUCGAGGACGCGACGCUCUGCGCCGUCGCGGGCGCGGGCGUGGCGCCUCCGUGCGUUGUACUUGAUGUCGGGGCGACAGAGAGUGUCGCCGUGCCCGUGGACCGCGAUGGUCGGGUGCCAGAUGCCGUUCGCGAGGGCGCGCACAACAUCCACUCACACGCAUACACGCGGCUGCGCCACGUCGGCUUCGACGGCGUGGCCGCGGCGCUCGCGCGAAGUGCUGGCAUAGAAGACCUAAACAAGGCCGAAGAAGCCGUUCGCGCGCUCGCAUACUGCCGUCAUGUAAGCCCCGCUCGCGUACUGCCGAGCGCCGAAGAACUAGAGUUUUGCGCGACGGCGGACGGUCUAUCGAGCGCUCGCUUCGAGUGCGUCGAGGCGCUCUUCGCCGAGCCAACGGGGGUCGUCAAGCUCGUGCGCGCGGCGGCUGCCCGCGCCAGCGAUGCCUCGGCGAUUGUUCUCGCCGGCGGCGGCACGGCCGUGAGAGGCUUCGGCCGCCGCAUCCGGCGCGAGUUGUCCGGGGGGAAGGAGGUCGUUCCCGCGGACAACGACGCCCGACGGGACCUCGUCUGGCGCGGCGCCGCCCGGCUGGCGCGCGGCGACGGCUGGGCCGACGACGGGCGGCGGACGUCGCUCGACGCGCUCCUCGCGGCCAAGCGGCGGUCGCAGGCCUAGCAAAGGGAACUGCAAGGCUGCAUUUCGGCGCGAGAUAGCCCCAGACUAGUGAGCUGUUAAUAA